GGAGGGGGAAGGACGCGCUGUUUGACAAUACGAAAGUUUCGAAGUGUCAAACGGAACGCAUGCGCAGAGAGAUUGAUACACAUGUUUGUUAUGGAUAGAAUGUUGUCAGUUGUUAUUUUGUUAAGUUUCUGCGAGAGAUACAAAUUAUAAAAAAAUGUCUGUCGAACCAAUAAUAGGAAGGUGCCUCUUGAUGUGUCCGGAAAAAGAGAGACGGAUGAGAGAGAGAGAAGGUUUAUUGCACAAAUAUGAGAUUGACGAGAAAACAAGAUACAUGAAAAAGCGUAAGGCUGAUCCAGCAAAAACUAUAAAGUGCUUUAGUCGUUCUGCUGCUGGUCAAGAUAUGACAGAUCCCUAUUCAUUACGUCCACCUCAUGUAUUACUAUCCACUAUCCGAUAUUUAUUCACCGAGAUAAUCACAAAAACUGAUUUAAAUUGGACAUUAAUAUACGAUUUUGUAUUUGACCGAUUGAGAUCAGUGCGACAAGAUGCUGUAAUCCAAAGAAUUGAUAUUACUUCAAAUAUUCUCCUUCUAGAACCAAUUGUCCGAUUCCAUAUUUAUGCUGCACAGAGGCUCUGCACAAAAAAUAUUUCGGAAUUUGAUGCUAAAAUAAAUGAUAAACAUUUAUUAGAAUGUAUCAAACAGUUACUUGUAUUAUAUGAUAACCGAGAUAAUAGAAAUAAUAUAGAAGAACAUGAAGAGCUUGAAAAAUUGGCGUUAAACGAUAGUCGAUCAGAAAUGGAAGCUUUAUAUAUUCUUCUCCAUAUCGGAGAUCAGGAAGCUUUAAAAAGAGCUCUUAUGCUUCCUUCAAAUCUAAAAAAUUCACCGGCAAUUCAAUUAGCCACAAAAAUAUCACUUGCUUGGUAUAUAAGAAAUUAUGUUCGCGUUUGUUAUCUGGUUCAACAAUUACCUCCAAUAUUGGCUUGUGCAUUUUUUUGUAAUUUACAGAAUUUUAGAAGAAGUGUUCUACAAAUCAUGAGUUUUGGCUAUAAUAGCAAAGUGUUGACAUUCCCAGGACUAAAAUUACAAAAACUUUUAUUCUAUAAAGAUAUAAGUGGGGUACAGGCAGAUUGCAACUUAUUUGGCUUAACAUUUAUUAAUGAAAAUAUUUUAUUUCAAAAAUCGCAGUUUAAGGAAGAAAUUUUGCAAGCCAAUCCUGAGAUGUAUUACACUUCUGCCAUGAUGCAUAAAUUUAUACCAAAAAUUCUGUUGGAAUGUACCUCUAAUGAAUAAUAAAUGUUGAUGUAC